CGCUCUUUUUCCUUUUCUUCUACCACCUGACAUCCGCGUCCGUCGCAUGCUCUGUCGACCGGAUCUCUGAUCAAACCCAGCUUUCCCCGUCAUCAAUUCGCUGAGCUCACCCAACUCUCAAUUGCAGUUUCUUAGUCGGUGAUAUUUGGGAGACUACAUGCCUUUGUUGCAGUAGUGGAUCUGCGGUUCUAUUUCCUUGCUUGUUUUUUCAACACAAAUACCCAUUCAUCCCGCCCGCCUGCGUUGCAGCUCGCUUGCUUCUCUUCGUCGCCGUUCCCAGGGACCCAAACAGCAUCUGGGUUUCCAACCGUUGACGAUGCAUGCUUGGUUCACCCCUUUCUCACCCCCGCCUGAUCUGUGGGUUUUCUGGUCGUUUCCGCGUUUCAGUUCGUUGGCUUGCUUUCAUGAUGGCGAGUUCCCACUAGAUGCCCAUGCUCUCUCGCCUUUCUCUUGUCACAAGGCACCAUCUCAGACUCUUAGAAAAAAUCCAACAGUCGUCUCAUACCCUACAUCCCUUGAACGACUCACUCUGCCUUGUUGAACGCAGACCGUUCCGUCGACAUUCCGCCAUCCAUCUGAGCCAUGGUGGCAAUGUAGUUCAAUCCUAGUCUAUGCAUCAUUCUGGGCCUGCCAUCACCGUUUCAGUCAGCCUGUCGCUGCGUUGUCGUACACGGGACCCAUUUUCCACCUACGACAACAGCCGCAGGUUGCCUCGUCUCAGGCAGCCCAACAGGCUUCAGACCGUACAACAGAAACUCCUGUCACUACUACCUCUCUGGGACGUGUUUCGGUCCGAGUUCUCUUUCCUCCAGGCUGUCUCAAAGCCGCGCGUUUGGAGGAUAAGCUAACUCUACAAUCCUGUCUCCCUUCCCCCUCUUGCUUUUCGUCUUGACCCGCUUCGCGUAAAAAGAACGUGUUCGUCUGUCCUGCCACUGCAACUACACCUACCUAGGUGCUUGGCGACAGCAAAAAGUUGCAUGGCUAUGGCUGCUGCUCCUACGCCUGCCUGCUCCUGCUCCUGCCGUCGGUGGGAAAAAGCAACAUGACCGGGCCGAUGGAUUUUCCGGCAUCAUCUCAGCCUUCCGUGGCGGAAGUAGUUGCCGUAGCUGAACUGUGCCUUGCUGGGCAGCAGGUACAGCUAGCCCCACUUUGCACCUGAGUCUGGGCGCGUACAACCUUGGACUGUGGUCAACUUCGUCGCGCUUUCUCCCCGACCUCAUCCCGGCUUAUCGUAUCCCUCCUUGGAAUGCGCCCAACGCGAAUGACGUUUGAACUCUGCAUUCCGGCAGCCUUCUUAUCCUUAGUGUCUUAACAGCGUCAUCCAAAGGUCUCAAUGACGAUCCCGGGCUUGCUCGUUGUGUAGCGAUUCUACCUACAGAAGGCCAUUCAACGGGCGAUGCGCCGCCUCGGCCAGCGCCAGCGUAUUUGCUACCGUAGGGAUCUCUGACUGGCCCUGGGCCGCGAACGUUGAUACCUACUAUACGUCUUGUUUGCCAGCUCCCGGCGCAUCGCGAAUACCAAGGUUGGCUGUCCUGUUUCCUUGGCUCUGACUCUGCUUCUCAUGCAACCCACCAGGCCUUCUUCCCUCCUUUCAUUCUCCUUAGAGGCCCGGAACGAAAUCCAGUUUCCAAGAUCCAGCACCUCAACGAGGUUUCGCUUGCCCGGAACAUUCUCGCUUAUCUCCCUCUCCUUUCGGGAAGGAAGUAACCUCGCCCUUCGUUUACUACCCUUUCACGCCCCGGCCGAGUCGUCUUGUGACUUUGCCCUCGGAUCGGAGACGCCUUAGUCCCUGUUCCGGCGAACCUUUCGCUAGCAUGACAGACCGCGCACCCGGCUCGGGACCGGCCACGAAGGAGCCCAGCUGCAUUAACUGUGGCGGUACGGGACACUGGGCCGUGGCUUGCCCCGAGCCCGUGAGAGCCAAACCAGCUGGCCUGUCUCGAAGAAACACUUCAACCAGCCAUGAUCACGCCCGAGGAGGAGACCAUCAGCACGGCGGAAGACGACCAGGUGCCGUUGUGACCAAAUAUCCAGCUCCACCCACCGGCAAUCCGAUCGUCACUCGCUACGGUCCGCCACCGCCGGGUCAGCCCCUUGCUCCUCCGUACCCCGGCCCCCCGCAGCCCUACCCGUCUUAUCCACCCCCGCCGAAUGGCUAUGCGCCCCCGCCACCGGGUAGUUACCCUGGUUACCCCCAGUAUUCAACCCCGCCGCCGCCGCCGGCUCCUCCUCCUGGUGCUUAUCCACCACCGUCCGGCCCUCCCGCGUCAUCGGGGCCGUAUCACUACCCAGUUCCUAGCCAGUAUGGCGGUUCUCCGCCAGGACCUCCUGGGCCUCCCCCUUCUUAUCAGCCACCACCGCAUUAUCCCUCCGGCGGUUCAUAUGCUCCCUCAUACUCCCCUCCGUCUGGAUAUCAUCCUGCCCCUGCCCCUCCCUCUUCCAGUCACUACCCUCCGCCAUAUAAUUCCACAUCCACGUCACCAGGCGGCUACUCUUCAUCCACAUACGGGCCACCGCCAGUUCAGCCGCUUUAUGGAGCCCAACCAGGACCUCCUCCACCCCCGCCUUCAUAUGCCCAGCCAUACGGACCACCUGAGUCUGGAUACGGGCCUUUGCCUUCCCUACCCGCUCCUCCACGUACUAUACCGCCACGUCUACCUCCAGGCCUGCCUUCAGGUCUACCACCAAUCCCUCCUCACCGGAAUCAGUUGCCGCGAGAUCGACAUGGACGGCAUCGUCAAGGCCAAAACAACCGACCAGACCGCUCCCGCAAGACCAACAAGCAUGGCAACCCUAAACGCGAUGCGUCACAACCCAAGCCGAAAAUGGGCGGCACAAAAGAGAAGCAGGUGCCAGCCCGAGUCGAGUCCGAGCCGAAGGUCUUGAAGACAACACCAGUGCCAAGCACGACGCCUGAAAGCCGACACGCUAACACGGUCUCUGAGGAAGGCGUAGAUGAUGACGAAGCGGAUUGGAAGUGGGAGGAGGAGAUGAUAUUCAAAGAGACGGACAAACCCCACCAGCCAGACCCAAUAGCGAAGCCACUCCCUGGCCCAGAAGGGUACCACGAUAACAUCAUGUUGCCUCCAGCAUGGAACGCGACUUGCAUUCAGUCUGAAUUUGUCACGGAAGAGAACCUCGUGGAGUUUUCGCGGCCCGUCCGAGAGACCGAGCGCUUUGCAUCUCUGCAACUUGACCCAGCUUUCUGGAGAAGUCCAGUUGAUUCAAAGAUAGUCAAGCAACAACCCGAGGUGCGGGACAAGCCCAUCACGUUCAAGUCUGUUCGACUACCCGGUUUCCCUUCCCUCCCACCGAAACCACCAACCCCGGAGAACCGCGACUACCGACCGAUGAACAGCCGCAAACGUACGUGGGAAGACUCGCCAUACAAGAGCUCGCUCGCCACAGGUAACCAAGAGGGUGGCGAGUGGGGAGAUCACCGCCACAAACGACACAGAGGUGACUCGCACUCAGGCUACGAUACUGCGUCACCCCACAACCGAAGGACCAGGGAAGACUCUCGUCCAAUUGACCGAUACCGCUCUCAAAAGUUAGAUCGUGUCGAUUCUGAUCCCGCUCAAAUGCUCCUGAAAUCCCUGGAAGAUCCCUACGACGCCGGUCCUUCCAGACGACAUGAUGGAGAGAAGCUGUCGAUUCGCCAGGACUCCGUCUAUUAUAGCUCCCGACACGCCAGACACCAUACCUUAACCAACAGUACGCGCGAAGGAGGGCGGACAUCGCCACCGUCAGGAACAUCCCCGCCAGAGAGAAACCCUCGGGGCAGACACGCUUCGAGAUCUCGGUCCCGUUCGCGUCGUUCCCCUCGCCGCGGGUCACAUAGCAGCCAAGCCGAAUCACGCCCAGCAUCUAGGCAAUCUGUGGCCUCAUUCGUGUCCCAUGGCACCGAAGAUUCCGAACUGUCGGCCCUCGAAGCCGAACUUCUGGGCAUCGCUCCUAAAUCAAAAGAGGGCACGGAAGGCAAGCUUGGAGACCACGCCACAAAGCUCCGCAAGCGCGUGCAAAAGGUCGACUCGGCUUACGGCCGUCGAUGGUAACUCAAGCUAGCCUUUUCUACAUCUAUGUUUGAGCAAUGGACCCGGCCACGCAGCAUACAGAUUGACAAUCCCAAGAGUAGGGUGACGGGUAACAUCUUCGCCGAUUCAUCGCUGUUUCAUUACUCAAAUACGAACACGAAGGACCUCGCCCUUGUAAGCUUCAAUACCACUGCAUUACAGCAAAACCCGACAUGAGGACGGCGUCUGUCGGCGGCCGAGAAAACCGCUUCAGCUUGGGAACGGCGUUUGUUGCGUGCAUCUUGAGAGAUGUUGGAUGUUGGCAGCCCGGCCCUUGUCGCUUUAGAUGUCUUCGCACACUCCAGGGAGCCAUGCAUAUAUGGCCGUAUUAAAACCAAGGUGUUCAACCUAGAUUUGAAAUGUUAAAUUGUCCAU